AUGGGAUGUGAGGAGAAUGAGGAGUCAGCGUUUGGUUCGGGAGCUUAUUUGGCCGGCAUUCGUGAGGAGGUGGGAGGUAGAACCUCUCCACACAUGGGCAACCACAUUCUCUCCACCCCACGAACAACCAACCACUCUCUACCACCCACAAUCACACUCUCUCCACCCCACAACUUCUCCACCAUGGACAACCACAUUCUCUCCACCCCACGACAACCCCACAACCUCUCCACCACGAACAACCACACAACCACACUUUCUCCACCCCACAAACCUCACCAGACCCACACAACCACACCCCCUUACACACCAACCCAACUGGACAAACGGCCACGGGUCUCACCCCCCCCCCCCCGAGAGAAACGAGAGACCCUGCCCGAUAACCACGCUUGA